AUGAAGAAAUUCUUCCCACUAUUAACUCAAGUUUCUAAAGCGCUCUUGAAACGCAAAUUUCAUUCGAGCAAUCGCCAUUUCGAGCAAACCGAAGGGGACGUACAGAUCGGUAAUCCGUUUUGUCUGGAACCCAUUGAAUACGAGAGUCGCACGCUCAGGAAACAUGACAACGACCGCCGACAGAAAUUAUACGAAUUCGGCCUCUACGUUGCGGCAUGUCUGCCCAAAUACGUCCAAAAGAUCCAGAUGCAGCACACGGACGAACUGGAAAUACUGAUAGCCCCGGAAGGGUUUUUGCCGGUCAUGAGCUUCUUGAAACUCCACCAACACGCGUGCUUCGGUCAAGUGUCCGCGGCCACUGCCAUCGAUGUGCCCAGCAGAGAGUUCAGGUUCGAAGUCGCCUACACCAUCUUGAGUUUGAGAUUCGGCGAGUUCGUCAGAGUCAAGACCUACACCGACGAAUUGACUCCUUUGGAAUCCACGUGCUCUCUGUGGAGCGGCGUGAACUGGUUAGAGAGAGAAAUCUACGACAUGUUCGGCAUUAUCUUCGUGAACCACCCGGAUCUGAGGCGAAUCCUCACCGACUAUGGCUUCGAAGGACAUCCUUUGCGAAAGGACUUUCCUCUCACCGGGUACGUCGAAGUUCGUUACGACGACGAACUGAAGAAGCUCGUCUACGAACCGGUCGAAUAUGCGCAGGAGUUUAGAAGGUUUCAAAUAGAAUCGCCCUGGAGUUAUAUGAAGAACUUUCACGAAGGUUACAACGAGAAGAAGCCAGAAAAACAAGACAAAAAGUGA